ACUCGUGCUUCUUCGAGCUCCCUUUCGUCGCGUCGACUCUUCCAACGCUCUCACCUUCAUCUGAGGUCGUACUCUCGAGAUGGAUUACCAGAAUCGAGUUGGAUCGAAGUUCGGUGGUGGUGGUGUUGCCGGGGCGUCCGAGUCAAAUGUCGACCGACGUGAGCGCCUGCGGAAGCUGGCCAUGGAGACGAUUGAUCUGGCCAAGGAUCCUUACAUUCUCCGGAACCAUCUUGGCUCUCUCGAAUGCCGCCUUUGCCUGACUUUACACACCAAUGAAGGGUCGUACCUUGCACACACGCAAGGCAAAAAGCAUCAGACGAACUUGGCUCGCCGAGCAGCACGCGAUGCGAAAGAUACGCAACUGACGAUCGCCCCGCCGCAACAGAAUAUCCAGCGGAAGGUCUUCCUCAAAAUUGGUCGACCAGGAUAUCGGGUCACCAAAGUUAGGGACAGAGACACCGGCAAGGAGGGGAUGAUGGUUCAGGUCCACCUUCCUCAAAUCAAGCCGGGCGUUAUACCUCGGAGGCGGUUCAUGAGUGCAUGGGAGCAGAAGCGUGAGCCACCAAACAAAAACUAUCAGUAUCUUAUCGUCGCUGCGGAACCAUACGAAAGCAUUGCUUUCCGUAUCCCUGCCAGAGAAAUUGAGGAUGAGUCUGAUGACGCUGGAUACUGGAACUGGUCUCAUUGGGACCCCGAUACGAAGCAAUACACCUUCCAGUUUAUGUUCCGCCUCAUGGGGUACUGAUGGUCAUACGGUGGUGUGAUCCUUGUUUGCCAUGCUUAUCUCUCGCGCUGUAUCUUAAUAUUUGUAUCAUAGUACAAUGCAGGUUGAAACCCAGCUCCUGUCUGCCUUGUAUUGUCCUUCAGGACCUCCGUCGUAACUCAUUAGAAGUCACAUUCGACGAAGUCGUUUCCGGAUGCGCCAGUGUGAGUGAGGCAAGCGCAGAAAUCUCCAUCGUCGUCGUAAAUCACCCUGUCUGCUCCGGGGCUACCACCGUCGUAUGCGUCGCCACUUUCGAGGGGAAAUUCGUAGAAUGUCCCACUGCACGACGGGAA